AUGAAGGCCCAGGUCGCAGCAGCAACUGUCUUGGUCUUGCUCCUCCUCACCUUUGCUGCGGAGGCGCAUACUCCUACUCCUACUCCUAUUUGCAAGUCGCGAAGCCAUGAAUACAAAGGGAGGUGCCUUCAGGAUACGGAUUGUAACGCCGCCUGCGUCAAAGAGUCAGAGAGCUACACCGGGGGCUUCUGCAACGGCCGGCCGCCGUUCAAGCAGUGCUUCUGCGUUAAGCCAUGCAAGAGAGAGAGAGCUGAUGCUACACUCCGGUCGCCAGGCUUCUGA